UUGCAAAACAACAUGGCGGCAAAAAUAUUGAAUUUUUUCAAAAAAUAUUUGUAACUCUGAUAAACUACAUGAAGUAUGAAUUGAUUUUGACUUUUGAGCUACCAAACGAAACAUGGAAUACAUUACUAAAUCUUAAACAACUGAUACUAAAACAGUAAUCAUGGCAAUGAACUAUGUUGGCAACAUUGCCAUAUUGGACAGAGGAGAUGCACCUGCCCAGGUGGUUAUAGAUAAGAAUGCCAGGUCCUUGGCCCAAAGAGUGGCUGAUGACACCAGGGAAGAACUGGACAGGGUCAUGGGAAGAGUGGAACAUAUUUAUGAUGAUCUGGAUGCUGCUGACAAACUUCAACAAAACACCCGUCUCUCCAGUAUGGAGUAUCUCAGUGAUGUGUUUGAAUUGGAGGAACUCUUGAAAGAUCAAGUCAAGAAAAAGAAGUACCAGCAGCAAGUGACUGUGUUCGUGAUAGGAUUCCAGAAUGUUGCUGGAACCAAACUCAAGCUGCUGCAGCAGGUCAAUGAUUUUUUCAUGGACAGUUCCCAGCAGAUGGAAGAGGAAGAUCUGGCAACACCUACCCCUGAGUUUAACCUUGAUGAGGUUGCUGAGAACAUGGCAUCAACUAUAGACACAGCCCAGGAUCUCUCUAAGAAGCUAGGGGAGAUCAAUCAUGAAAUGGUGGAAUACCUCACUAGUGUAUCUGCCACCAAGGCUGGCAACAGGGGUAAGAGAAAGUUAGAAAAGGCAUUAGGGGCAGCUAAGGAGGACAUACAGAAACUCACAGAUAAUUUGCUGGCUGCACAGCAAGAACUUGAGGACAGAGAGGAAAAGAUGCAGCAGCUAUUCAAACAGAUAGAAGGAAAGUCUAUGGAGGUGAACAAGUUCAAGACUGCAGCAGAGGUGGCUAGGAAAGCAGCUGCUGAGGCUGAUCUUCUUCAAGAUGAGUUAGAGAAACGUGAUAAACGUAUCACAGAAAUGCGUCGUAAGAUAGCCGACCUUGAGCUGGAGGUUGGACAGGUGUCUUAUUCUCGGGAACAAACUCAGGGGAGAAUGAGCAAGGCAAAUACCCAUGGCAAGGAAAAGAUUGAGUCACUGCAGACUGCUCUUGAUGACAAAAUAAAUGAAUUGGCAAUAAAUAAAAAAGAACUCCAAAAUCUCCAUGAACAACAGACAGAAGAACUUACAAAAGACCAUGCUGAAACAAUUGAAAAAAUGAAACAGGACCAUGCUGAAGAAAUAAGAAAACUAAUGGAAGAAAUGCAGGAAGUGGAAGAACAUGUAAACAAAAUGAGUUUUGAAAAGAGCAGCGAUGUUGAUGCAUUGAUCAAAGAAAAGGAAAAAGCUAUGGAAGAGAUGUUUGAGAGUAAAAUGGAAGAUGCACGGAAACAAUUAGAAAAGGAAAUUAAGGCAGCAGCUCCACCAGAACCUAAGGCGAAGAAAGGUGGUAAGAAAAAAGGGAAAGAAGAACCUAAAAAGGAUCCCAAAGCAACUGCUGAGGCUCAAGCUGCCCUCGCAAAAUUGCUGAAUGCAAAUAAGCCACCGACUCCUGCGACUCCUGCUGAAGGGUCCAUGAUAGAACAGAACAAAGAAUCUAGCAGAAACACUUCAAGAGCAGAGAGUCGUCCAAAGCCAGGAUCUCGAGGCAGUAAUAAAGGAAAGUCUCCAUCUCGGCCAAAUACGAAGUCAAGUAGCGUCUCACCAGCUAGAAAACCACAAAGAUCCAAAUCUGAGAUCGCCACCCAAGAUGACGGAGAUGGUCCCAAUUCUGGACAAGUUGUACGAGGGCCACCCACCAGAGGAAGCCAACAGCAUACAAACCUUGAUACUGUUGAUGAGGAUUACGAUAUCAAUGUUGAAGACCUCCCUGAUAUAUUAAAUGAGGACGCAUGGGCAGUGCCAAAAACUCCACAGGAUUUGAAAUUGAAAUAUGCUCAGCACAGAUUACUCAGUAAGCACAAGUUGGCAGAGCUAGGGGAUGAUGUGGAAGCAGCUAAUGCCACGACACAAAGGAAAGUCAAAACACUAAAGGUGCAGUUCCAAGAACACAAGGCAAAAUGGAGCAAGGAGCGUGAAAUUCUCAUCGAACAAAUCGAGCAACUUCAGAAACUUCAAAAUGAAGCUGAGCAUGAAGCAGAUGAAGCUAUGAACCAGUUAGAGACAUUUAUUGAUGAACAGGAAAAACUUGAGAAAGAAGAGGAAAAAUUACGAGAUCACGUCAUGUCCAGAAGUGGCAUGACGAAAAUCAGCUUGGAUGAAGCAAAAUCAUCGCUACAAACUACUCUUGAUGCAAAUGCCAAAUCAGAUCUCGAUCUACAGGAGAGGUUAAUGCAACAAACAGAUGAUGCCAAGGCUGAAGAAAUGGCAAACAAACUCGCUAAUCUUGGACGUGUAAAAUCUGAGCCUGAAGUUAAAGCAUCUCCCACUGAGGAGGAAGAGCUACAAAGGUCUAAAACUGAACCACCGGGCGGUAUACUUAAAAGUGACUUGAAUGUGAAAGAUCUCAAAAUCUCAAGGAAAGCUGUGUCAUUUGUUGAAGAACCUAAAUCUAAAACCCCCUCAGAACCCGAACAACCUCCUGUUAAUAUUGAACCCGAAGAAGAGGAUGAUCUUGCACCUGAACAAAUCCAAGCUCUAAAAGAAGUCAGAGAGAUGAUGGAUGAAUCAAAGAUGGCUGCUGAAACAUUUACUGUAUUGACAAAACUACGUACUGAUCUCCAAACAACUAAUGAAGAUGAGCAAGGUCUGAGUGAUGAACAAUGGAUGAGAACUGCUACUAUAAUGACCAUGUCAACUCGGGUGGCAAAAGAGGCCACAAUCUUAGGCCUGAGCCCUGAGGGUGUAUUUUACUCUUUCGCACGCAUCAAUCCAAAAGAUGGUAUCACUCAAGAAAGCCUGAAGAAUGUGGACUUUACCCAGAAAGCUCUACCACAGCUUGAUCCUCAAUACAUCAAGAUGAAGUCAGCAAUGGAGAGUGAGCUUGAAACAGAAUUGACUGGUUUAACUGGUCUUACUGGUGUAUCUGGCCCUGGCAUGGUUGCUGGAAACUUUGACGCAGUCUCUAUUUCAAGUCGCAGUAUUCCCAUGUCAGCUGGAACAACCCGAAGCAUUACUCGUCCUCAGAUAUCGGGUACAAAUGAAGAUGAGAUCCGUGCCUCCUCCGUGUUGAGUCGUGUCUCUCUAAGAGACCAAUUCAAGAAUCACCUUGAUGCCCAGCGGAGUAUGACAGCAGAAAGACGUAGCAAUACUCCUGCCAUAGAUGUUGAGUCAUAUAAAUCUACAGUUCUAAAUGAAGAGCUUGAUGAAAAUGCUGAUAUACCAUUUACUGAAGAAGAAGGUACAGCAACCAUGUCAUUCCACAAAGGAACGUCCCCACCCCCUGGGUCCACGAUGAUGUCAUCCUCCCAGCAUGCCCCAAGUUUACAUUCCAAGGCUUCAAGCAGUUGUGCAAGUAUUGAAAGCAGGAAGUCUUUGUCUAUAGCAGAGCACCCUGUAGUGAAUGAGUACAUCAAGACAUAUGAUGUGGUGAUCAACUUUAAAGACACUCUCAGCAAACUGUUUCUAGAUAAAGACAUGAUGUCUUUAGCUGAGAUUCUGGCUGAUCUUGAUCCUGUCAUGUUCAACCGAGAGAUCAAAGUCCAACCACAGAUUGAGAUGAUGACAUCUAGCGUGUUAAAAGUAUUGGAGGAGAUCACAAGUCUGAUAUCAAGCAUACUCUUCAAUGAUAGGGACUACAAUGUGUCAUCUCUACUGAAUGUAUCACGUGACCCCACACGUACAUUAGAUGCAGGGAGUACACACGGAAGCCUGAAGAGCGGGAAAAGUGUUGCAACAACAGAUGAUGUCAGGGAACUCAGAGAUGCAUAUUUUGAAAUUGAGAAAAGACUUGAAGAACAAAGAAGAAGAUAUGAAGAGCAGAAUAGUCACAACACAGUCCUUAUGAUGGAAAUGCAAGACACCAUCAAUCAACUUCAGCGUGAGAUUUCAACCAUCGACAAAGAACGCCAAGACCAAAAAGAGGCUACAUCAUCACCAGAGCCAUCUAUUAUGUUCACGCGUCUUGAUGUAGAACGAAAUACAAAGGUUAUCAAACGAGCAGGAGAUGAAGGGAGGUUGCCGAAUGCUGUGAUACAAGAUGCUGUUAAGAAUAUGGAAGACUACAGUAGUCUACCUGCACGGAGAUUGGUACAUCUCGUCCAGAAAUAUGUCCAUCACUGCCAAAUGAAGGAUAUUGAAGAAAAUGUUCGUAAAAGUCGUAGUUUAAACGACAAUGUAUUCAUGAUCUUGGAUAAGAUGGAAUCUCUACAAAAUAAGAGGGCACAGAAGUGGGCUGACCGCAUGGAUGAAAUGGGAUCAGAGAGACUCAGGCUGGCAAACCUGCUUAUGGAGACACUGAAUGGCAUUGAACAAGAGUCUGGCAUAUUCCUCAUUAAACCAAUGUACUCAUAUAAAGCCAGGGCAUUAACUGAUAAAUAUCAGGCUAAAGUGAGUCAAAAGGCCUAUAGACCCCCUAGAGAGUUGUCCCCCCUCCCAGGGCAUGGCAGGCAUAGUCAACAGAGCCAUCUAGCACCUGCCCCCACACCAUCCUCAAAUGCCAGAGGGUACAACAAAUCUGAUAAGGUCAUGUCUGAAGAGCGUAAAGCCUCCCCAGAUGACCCUGGCGCGGGAAUUCUAGGAGCAGCACCCAACUGGGUGGGUGAACAGCCAACAUCUUCAUGGAAUCCCGGGGCAUCUGAGGCGGCAGAAUUACCUGAUGAACAUCUAUUCCGUAUCAACAACCUCAUGAACACGCCUAAGAUACUAGAGAUGGACGUCAACAGAAUGCUCAUAGGACAAAAUAACAUAAGUGCCAAAAUCAUUGGUGGUAGCCCUACCUCCAUUGCAUCUAACCUCCGCUCAUAUGUCAGUGUACAAAGGCAGCCGCAGAAUGGACCAAUCAAAAAAGAUCAUUUGAGGCCAAAAUCUACAGACUACGUAUCUUCAAUGGACAUAGCUUUAAUGAAUGAAUAUAGACAACGUGGUAUUGAUUCAAGUGCUGCACCUCCCACCACUCCUAUGCGAGACAGUUUACCACAAAGUGCCGCCAGUAUGAAAAGGGCAAGGUUCUCUGAUAUGGAUGGUCAUGUCUCAAAAUCCCUACCUAAUACACCCCCACCUUUACCCCCAAUUACCCGGCAAUCUACAAAGAGUUCAGAUCUACCAGUACCUCCUGCCUCACCCCCUGGCUCUUCUCUCCGUCAAUCUCCACCAAUCAUGAAUGACGAUGAUGAUAUCAUUCCUAGUCAUGUGACCAAAGUCAUCGCAACAUCUUCAAAGGGGGAGCUGACCUUAGACAAUAUGAAUCCAGAAACAUGAUUGAUAAUGUAUUGACAAUGUAUAAAAUAUAAUGAAAGCUCAAUUCAAUUACAAACAGUGGCAGAUCUAGGCUGGAGGGCCCCAAAAGUUAUUGAUUUCUUAGUUUAGUCCUCAAUUCAUUAGGCCAUAAUUUGACAUAUGGACUCAGUUUCAUUUUCAAAAAUAAGCCUCAUUUUUAGAAAGUUGGCUUUAUUUGGAAAAAGUGCCUCGAUUUUAGAAAAUUAUUCCUUGAGACAACUUCCAGAUGAUCUGCCCCUGAACAUUACUACAGUCAUAAGACUCAAUACAUAAGAGUCUACCUAUUUUGUGACAUGUUAUCAGUAGAGGAAGAUAUGGGAUUACAAGAUACUCCACUAUACAAAGAACUAUGAGAUUAUAAGUUAUCAACUUCACAUGUGCUGUGUUCACUUCAUUUACCAUGGAGGAAUGGACUGUGAAGAUUAUAAUGUAAUUUGACUGUGAUAUUUGAAUGUGAUAACAGACUUACAAAUGUUUUAUUUCAUUUUAAGUUUUAUAUUUUAUUUCCGUCCAAAUCAAGAUUUAUGAAGAUUUAUACAUUCAAAAUGUAUUGUACAGUGUUGUAAAUAGAAAGUGUAUUUGUGCAGUCAAGGUAAAUAAAAUUGUAUAACUUAUUUAUGUAAAAAAAUAAAUUAAAAAUGUUAUGUGUUAA